CAAUUUGGUCUUUUCUUCAUUUUAGUCAUUUUUGCUCAAAAUGGCUUCAGUAUACAAGGCAGUGUCCAAGAGAAAGUCUCGCGACAUUACGAAGCAGCAGGAUCAGGAUGACGAAGACGUUAUGAUGGAGGAAAUGCUCGCCGAUGCCGACGAUACAAGCGAUAGCGAUGAAGAUGAAGAAAACACGGCUGACGCAGCAAAGAAGCAGUUAGCCGCUGGAAUGAUGCCGAAGACCCGUGUGCUGAUGCUGACGUCGCGCGGUGUUACAUCUCGUCACCGGCACCUUCUCAAUGAUAUGACCUCAUUACUUCCUCACACCCACAAAGAAAGCAAGCUGGAUUCGAGGAAGAAGGCAGCCGGUUACAAUCUGCUCCUGAACUCCCUCGCCGACCUCCACUCCUGCAACGUGAUUUUCUUCCUCGAGGCCAAGAAGAAUGGUCAAGAUCUAUACCUGUGGCUUUCACGGCCUCCUAACGGCCCAACGGUCAAAUUCCAUGUCAACAACUUGCACACUAUGGCAGAGCUGAACACCGGGUUCGCUGGUAACUGUUUGAAGGGUGGUCGGGGUAUUGUUGUUUUCGACAAAUCAUUCGACGAACAGGGUCCUGUCAUGAGCCAGCCAGGCAACGAGUACCGGGGACUGAUUAGAGAGAUGCUCCGCAGCGUCUUUUGUGUGCCGAAGCGUGGCGUCAAGGGUAUGAAGCCCUUCAUCGACCGCGUUAUCGGAAUCUACGGUGUCGACGGUAAGAUCUGGAUCCGGGUUUAUGAAAUUCGAGAGUCGGAAAGUGGAAACAAAAAGAAGGAUGGCGAAGAGGUGACCGAAAAGCCUGCGCACAACCCCAAGGACGGUCCAGAGAUUUCUCUCGUGGAAAUUGGCCCUCGAUUCGUCCUCACCCCCAUCGUUAUCCUGGAAGGCAGCUUUGGCGGUCCGGUCAUUUACGAGAACAAAGAGUUUGUCAGCCCGAACCAAGUUCGUCGCGAAAUACGGAUCAGUAAGGCUGCACGGUAUGCGAAGCGGAGAGACGUACAAACCGAGCGGCUGGCCAAGCGGUCAAACUUGCAGCUGGGACAGGGCGAGCGAAAACCGGGUGCUCUUGAUACUCGGCGGCUCUUCGGAUAAUUGGCGCCAUUGUUUGGAUUUUCUAUUGUCUUUGUUCGUUGUACUCUUAGACUUGAUAUCCUGAAGGAUGCAUAUGCGUGGGAUUCUUGUUCAUGACCUUAUC